AUGUCCUUGGACGAUAAAGACUUCUUAAAGAAUGAAAUCCUUGCUAUGCAAGACCAAAGAAUUGUGAGCCCCAUUAAGAGUCCCUGGGCUAGCCCGAAAAAGACAUUUGUCCUUCCAAUGGCUAAUGAACCACAUUUUUGA